AGGAAAGCCUGCCAACGGGGACUACCGCAAGGACCCCCGGGAGCGCAGCCGCAGCCCCAUCGAGCGCAUGGCGGCCCCCAGCAUGAGUCUGGUUGGUGGGCAUCAUCUCUACAUGCCCAGCCUGGCCCUGGACCAGCCGCUCGCACUGACCAAAAACAUGGACUCCAGCCGCAGCAUGGGCAUCUCUCCUACUGCCAGCCCUGUGGAGCGCCAGCAGAACCGGCCCUCUGUGAUCACCUGUGCUCCAGCUAACAACCGUAACUGUAACCUCAGCCACUGCACCGGCUCCCACAACGGCUGCUCCCCCGGCCUGAACGCCAGCUACAGGAGAGCCUCCAACUCGAACACCGCCUGUGACCCUGUGAUCGAGGAGCAUUUCCGCCGCAGUCUGGGCAAGAACUACAAGGAGCCCGAGCCCGUCACAAACUCCGUGUCCAUCACCGGCUCGGUGGACGACCACUUCGCCAAGGCUCUGGGGGAAACGUGGCUGCAGAUCAAGGCUAAAGGAGGCUCCAGCUCCCCGGACGCCUCUCCAAACACACACAUGGUGAACCACAAUCACUCCCCGUCCCUGGUGUCUUGAAGACAGGACCACAAACACACACACACACACGCAUGAUUAGCAGCGCAGACGUAUCGCUAAUGUACAUACCACCAGGACGAGCUCCUAAACUCUCCAAAUCUGCUUAUUUUACUGCUUUUCUAAGUAUGCUAGUGUACUUUUUUUUUUUUUAGCAUUAUGGGAUGCCCAUAUCUUUACAGACAGCUUUUAUUUUGUUUGUUUGUUUGGUUCUUGAGAUUUGAAAGAAAAGAAAUCAGCCAGAUAUGAUCUAACCAUCUGCCUCAGAUACCAAAGAAAACGCUGAUGCAAACCUUUUUUACCCACAAGCCAUUGCAAGCCGUUCUGUCUGUGGCAUGCUCUCUCUCUCUCUCUCUCUCUCUC